AUGGAUUUCCCCCAGCACAGCCAGCACGUCCUGGAGCAGCUGAACCAGCAGCGGCAGCUGGGGCUCUUGUGCGACUGCACUUUCGUGGUGGACGGGGUUGACUUUAAGGCCCAUAAAGCGGUGCUGGCUGCCUGCAGCGAGUAUUUAAAGAUGCUCUUCGUGGACCAGAAGGAUGUGGUGCACCUGGACAUCAGUAACGCGGCAGGCCUGGGCCAGGUGCUGGAGUUCAUGUACACGGCCAAGCUGAGCCUGAGUCCUGAGAACGUGGACGAUGUGCUGGCUGUGGCCAGCUUCCUCCAGAUGCAGGACAUCAUCACGGCCUGCCAUGCCCUCAAGUCACUCACAGAGCCAGCUGUCAGCCCUGGGGCAAGCAUGGAGGCUGUGGUCGCAGAAGGAGAGGACAAACGAGCCAAAGAGGAGAAGGCUGCCGCCACCGCCACCGUGCUGAGCGAGCUGGAGCCCGUGGGAAGCAGCCCACUGGCAGGCCCAGGCAGGGAGCCCAAGGAGGAGCGAGGCGGCCAGGCAGAGAGUGCGGCCAGCAGGGUAGAGCAAACAGAGAAGGCUGAUGCUCCCCGGGAGCCACCACCGCCAGAGCUCAAGCUCGACCCCACCAGUGGCAUGGCUGCUGCCGAGGCCGAGGCUGCCUUGUCGGAGAGUUCAGAGCAAGAGAUGGAGGUGGAGCCGGCAAGGAAAGGCGAUGACGAAGGAGGGGCAGCUGGAGCCGGGCCUGCGGCUGUCAAGGAGGAAGGGCCCCAGCUGGAGAACGGCGAGGACAACGAGGAGUUGGCAGGCACGGACUCGGGCCAGGAGCUUGGGGUGGAGGCUCGGAGCCUGCACUUGGGCACCUACGGUGACCGCACGGAAUCCAAGGCCUACGGCUCCGUCAUUCACAAGUGCGAGGACUGUGGGAAGGAGUUUACGCACACCGGCAACUUCAAGAGGCACAUCCGCAUCCACACGGGUGAGAAGCCCUUCUCGUGCCAGGAGUGCAACAAGGCCUUCUCUGACCCCGCUGCAUGUAAGGCGCACGAGAAGACGCACAGCCCGCUGAAGCCCUACGGCUGUGAGGAGUGCGGCAAGAGCUACCGGCUCAUCAGCCUGCUGAACCUGCACAAGAAGCGGCACUCAGGCGAGGCGCGCUACCGCUGCGAGGACUGCAGCAAGCUCUUCACCACCUCGGGCAACCUCAAGCGGCACCAGCUGGUGCACAGUGGCGAGAAGCCCUACCAGUGCGACUACUGCGGCCGCUCCUUCUCCGACCCCACCUCCAAGAUGCGCCACCUGGAGACGCACGACACCAACAAGGAGCACAAAUGCCCCCACUGCGACAAGAAGUUCAACCAGGUGGGGAAUCUGAAGGCUCACCUGAAGAUCCACAUUGCUGAUGGGCCCCUCAAGUGCAGAGAGUGUGGCAAGCAGUUCACCACCUCAGGGAACCUUAAGCGGCACCUUCGGAUCCACAGUGGAGAGAAGCCCUAUGUGUGUAUCCACUGCCAGCGGCAGUUCGCGGACCCUGGUGCGCUGCAGCGGCACGUGCGGAUCCACACGGGUGAGAAGCCUUGCCAGUGUGUAAUGUGUGGCAAGGCCUUCACGCAGGCCAGCUCCCUCAUCGCCCACGUGCGCCAGCACACUGGCGAGAAGCCCUACGUCUGCGAGCGCUGUGGCAAGAGGUUUGUCCAGUCCAGCCAGCUGGCCAAUCACAUUCGCCACCAUGACAACAUCCGCCCCCACAAGUGCAGUGUGUGCAGCAAGGCCUUUGUCAAUGUGGGGGACCUGUCCAAGCACAUCAUCAUCCACACGGGAGAGAAGCCUUACCUUUGUGACAAAUGUGGUCGGGGCUUCAAUCGGGUGGACAAUCUGCGUUCCCAUGUGAAGACUGUGCACCAGGGCAAGGCAGGCAUCAAAAUCCUGGAGCCAGAGGAGGGUGGAGAGGUCAACGUGGUCACGGUUGAUGACAUGGUCACACUGGCUACAGAGGCACUGGCAGCAACAGCUGUCACUCAGCUCACAGUGGUACCAGUGGGGGCUGCAGUGACAGCCGACGAGACAGAAGCACUUAAAGCCGAGAUCACCAAAGCUGUGAAGCAAGUCCAGGAAGCAGACCCCAACACCCAGAUUCUCUACGCUUGUGACUCCUGUGGAGAGAAGUUUCUGGAUGCCAACAGCCUGGCCCAGCACGUGCGGAUCCACACAGCUCAGGCCCUGGUCAUGUUCCAGGCAGACACAGACUUCUACCAGCAGUAUGGGCCAGGUGGCACGUGGCCAGCGGGGCAGGUGCUGCAGGCUGGGGAGCUGCUCUUCCGCCCUCGGGAUGGGGCCGAGGGCCCACCUGCCCUGGCAGAGACCCCGCCCACAGUCCCUGAAUGUCCACCGCCUGCCGAAUGAACAGGCACCCCUCCUCCUCCUGUUUAUUUAAAGAUGGAGGGCACCCUGGAACUGAGUAGGGUGGCCCUGCGCCGUAGAGAAUAAAUUUGAUUAUUUUCU